AAGGACCGAAGGGCCUUGUCUGGAAUUCAUCUCGAUGGGCUAAACUGGCGCAACCUGACUAGCACUCACACGUCUAGGCACCUGGGACCAGAGAAGCUGGGUAUAAAUCACACCAUUCAAUACGGGCUAUGGUUCACAGGGGCUGUGAUUGUCAUAAACAUGUUGGGCAUUGUGUGGACGUGUGUCGGCGUAUUUGGCGGCCUGUGGUUGGGCGCCAUCAAGCGGUCAGACAUAGCCCGUGUGUUAGACCGCGUGGGCGGCCGUCUCGAGCGGGACGCUCAGGUCGAGCGCCAGAAACUGUCGGACGAUAUACUAUAUCGGGUGCGACACGAACUGUGCGAACGGGACGCCAAAAUGUACCAUGUUCAAAGAGAAAUGGCGGCUAUACUGACACAAUUACAGGCCCUAAACAGUCGGAUUGAUACCAACUCGAUUGAUGCCUGGCAACAGGCCAAAAACGGACAGGCUGUUAUUGAGUUGUUGCGAAAACAUGAUGAUCAAAUUGAUGGCUUAUGCCGGGCAGUUAGCAAACUCGACCGCCGUUUGAAAAGGCGUAGCCGCAGCUCUAGUCCCGCCCGAGUAACUAAUAACACGUAUAAUACUUAUAAUGACAAUAGGGUGACCAACAAUCACCACGAGGACAAUAGUUUGAACGUACAAUUAGGCCCGAUUGGGUUAUCGUUGCCGUUUCCCGGAAUUGGCUUUAGUGGCGGUCCUAUGAGUGCAAAGAUCAAUUUGCUCAAAGAAACUAUAAUGGACCAAGUUCGUAUAUUUGAUGGUGGUAAUAAUGAAACUUCUCAGGGCAAAAUUAAUAUACCAAGCUCAAUGGCUAAAUCAAGAGUGAAUGGGUUUGAACUGAAACAACAAGCUGCAUUUACCAAGUGUGUUUCCGAUCUCGCUCGAUUAGCGAGAUUGAGCAAGAACAAAGUGGAUAACCUCAAAUUGGUUUAUGAUCCGGUCGGGGUGUUUGAUGAUCAUGAGAUGCAACACCACCGUGAUAGUUAUAACGAACCAAGCUCAAAUACUGGAGCUGAAUGGGAGCGGAUGAACCAAAAACUACGCAAACAGAAGGCGAAGAUUGACAAACUAUCAAGAGCAUUUGAAAAAGUUAGCUUUCAAAAUCAAAAUAGUAGUACCAACUCAAGAGAUGAACGUGGCCGAUCGCGAGCACAUAUUUCACGAGCGAGUGCUAGUUCGAGCUCGAGUUCUAGCUCUAGCCCCAGCCCGAGCCCAGUUCGGCGCCAUAGGUCUCACACCAGUCGCCGGAGUAAUACGGAUGAGAUUAGGCGAGUGUUGGCCGAAGAACUCGGUAAAAGGGACGACCGUAUGGACCGCAUGCAGAGCGAGAAUGCGGCCAUUUUGAACGAGAUUAGAUCCAUGAACAACGCGGUCAAACCGGCUAACGAUCCAGUGAUGGCGGAAAUGGCGGCCACAGGCAAAGCCAUAUUGGAAAUGCUGAAAAAGCACGAUGAUGAAAUUAAUGAGCUAAAACAGGACCGCAUUAGACGCUCCGACUCCGAGCCCACUGUUAUUCAUAAUACUUAUAACAUCCAGACAUAUAAUGACGAGAGCUUUAAUUUAAGUCUUGGAUUUGGCGGUGGGGGUCUCGGGGGCCUACUUCCGGCGCUCGGUUUUGGUUCCCGACCCACUCAGCCAUCUCUACCCGCACCCAAUCGCCCGUCUCUACCCCCACCGCCUCCCAAAGUGACCACUUGUCAUAAUAUUCAAAGUAAAGUCAAUACAAAUGAGUUCAAUCUCCAAACGCUCGGCGAUGAAACAAAUGCCACUAAAACUACCGAUCAAAAUGUGCCAUGCUCAUGUUCUUGUUCGUGCUCGUGCGGUUCAAGAGUGGACGAGUUGGAGAAAACAAUACGCGACCAACAGGGACAAAUUGUCCAAUUGACCAUGGCAAGUCAAGAAAUAUUUAGGCUUUUAAAGAUGAGCCAAAAUUCUAGCCUACAAAGCAUUGCUGAAAGUGAGCUAGGUGGUUUGGCUACUAGUUCUAAAUCUAGUAAGAGCGUGACCAGUGACCACGGUGUUGGUGACCACGCGGUUAUUCCAAGUACGAGCUACAACUCAGUGGCUGCGAGUGUCGACUCCCAGAUGCAGUCACACGAGAGAGUGUUGCGGAAGAUUGGCUACGAGAUUAAUAAACUGAAUAUGCGAAUAGACCGAAGUAAGCGCGAGAAUUAUACCAUGAUGAAGAAUUUACUUACCAUACACAAACAAACCGAACUCAACUCAGCACUAGCCGGGCAACACGAGCGCCAAAUAGACCAUGUUAAGGAGGAGAACUCUGCCAUGUUGCAAUACAUUGGUGAAGUAGACGUACGAACUGGACUUAACUUAGCCUUAGCCCAGCAACAAGGUCGACAAAUUGAGCAUGUUCAAUGCGAAAAUGUGGCCAUUUUGGGACAAGUAAAGGACAUUGUUCAACGGGCCCGACAGGACAACGUGGUAGCUGUGCAACAAGCUAAUAAUGCGCGAGCCUUAGCACAUGGUGGUGGUGUCAAACACCGGGCGAUUGCUUCUGAUCCUAAUCUGAUAGGCGUAGAAGGCUGUGACCAUAAUCCAAACGGAUUCGACCCAGAACAUUUGGUCGUCAAAUUUGCAACAUUGGUUCAACGCAAACAGUAUUAUCAAAUAGAGGCCAAUUGCGAUCAAAUGAAAAACAAUGAUAAAAAACUUCUCAAUGGUGGCGAGUGCGCGGAUCUUAGUGUCACUGUCUGGCAGGGCUUCGGGCCUAUGGACCACUUUUGCGCCCAUAAUUAUGCCGAUACUGUCGGCAAAUAUCCACAUACAGUUGAUUACGACGAGAAACCAUUUGAUGAUACCAACCCAUACGGGUGUCGACCCACUCAUAUAAAAAUGUCAAAAAUGGACACCCGUGAUUGCGAUAUUGAAUCAAAAUCAUGUAAUUGCUCAAAUAUGGACGAGGUGAAUCAAAAACUCAGCAAACAACAAACACAAAUUGAUGAAUUAACCAGGACAGUUCAUGAAUUACUCAGCUUUCAAAAGCAAAACACUAGCUCCGACUCGUGUCACGAAUCCGUACUAAAGCUAUCGCAAGGCUCACAAACUAGUUGUAGCCCGAGUCUGAGCCCGAGCCCUGACGGGACUCCACUACCCGAGACCAGCCCCAGAGUCAAUCGGACGAACCCGGCUAAACGUGACUUCGUUGAUGACCAUGUUCAAAGCAAUACUGUGGCCAUCUUGAAACAAAUUGAAGCCGUGCACAAAGUGGCCAAAUCAACCGAAGAUACCGUAGCGCUACAAAUGGCGACCACUGGUGAGGCCAUGUUGGAAAUACUGCAAAAGCAACAGGGCCAAAUUAAUGAACUAACGCGCGAGUUAAAUAGAAGAUCCAGUCGUGACUCGAGCCCAGAGGGUAGUGUCACUCAUAAGACUUAUUACACUAUUAAUGAUAACAGUGACCGACGAUUUCAAUUUAAUAUUGGUUCAUUUUUGGUGCCCUGGUUUAGUUCCGCACCCCCUGUAGCCAGCAUUCCCGGUCCACCUAUAGCUAGCGUCGAUGAAGACCAGCAUCUGGUCAUCGGUAGGAAAGGGUUCGCCACCGAAGUCCAGCUCUGUUUGGCACCAAUUCAUAAAAUAAUCGCCAAAGUCUGCGCCCCUAUAGGUAUAGCAACACCAGUCCCAGUCAAUAAUGUAUACGUCGUCCAAACCCGGGCCAACCCCUCCCUCCCGGACCAAAGUAUUGCGUCGAUUGAGGUCACAGUGAGAGAAGACUACAGGACUGUCAAUGUGUUCGCACAUACGUCUGAGCCAAUCCAACUCAUCCAA